AUCUUGUAUACAAUUAAAGGUCAAGCUGAUAAUGAAGUCAACAUUCAGUUGAGUGUAAUUACUCUUGUUGGGUAUAAUUAGACUUUUUGUUAUUAGAAUUGAAUUUAAAUACCGUUAAAUUAUUGUAUUUGGACUUUGUGUUUCAACAAAAUUUGUUAGUGUUAAUUUGAUCAAGCAAGAUCAAUAUGGAAAUUCCUGAAUUGCCAGAAUCUGUGCAACUCUAUCUAGAAAAAAUUAGAAGUCACAUUAUAAAGUUUUCCCUGGAGCAUCCUUUUGCAGCACUUUUUAUAGUUAUUACUGCUUGUGCCUUUAUUCUACCAAUUAUAACUGUAUCUGUGUUAAUGCCUGUUGUUUGGUUAGUACACUUCAGUCAGUAUGUUUCAAAAUACGGUAUAUUAUAUGUUAUGUACAUAAUCUUCUUUCAAGGAGUACUUUUAGCUGUAGUGCUAAUUUCAUUAUUUUUUGCAGCAUUUGCUUUGGCAACAAGUUUAAGUGUAGUACACUCAUAUAAAUUCAAAGUUACAUAAAAUAA